AUGACAACGAUGUCCAUCCAACUGCGCCGCGUGGUGUACCUGUUGGUACUUCUGCAGUGCUGCGUGUGUGUGGCAUAUGCGGAUCGUGCGGCUGGAACACUAAAUACUAGUAAUGUUACUUCUGUAGAGAGUAGUGAUGAUUUGACCUCAAGAUUAGAUGAGUUGAUUUCAAGUGUUCAUGGAUUGACAAAGGAUGCCGAGAAAACUUUGGAUUCCACUAAGAAAGUCACUUCUAAAUGUACUGCAGCUUUAAAAAAUGUGUCCGACGCUGAAAGUAGAGUCAUUGAAUUCACCAAUGAGAUUAACGACUUGCUGAAAAAAGUCAAGGAUGGUGUGAUUAACGUUGAUGAUAAGGUGAUAAAAGCAGAGGAGACUUUUCAGAUGUUGGAACUUGCUACAAAUGUUUGUAGGGAGACUGUAACAAAUGUAAAGAAAGCAACGGAUAAUUCUACCACUGCAGUUGCAACACUGACUGAAAAGUCAAACGCCCUGUCGGAUUUGACAGAGAAGUACUAUCAAUCGUUGUUCCUCAUUACUCCCGUAGUGCCAGAUGUUUUCUUACGUCGUAUGCAAAAAUACGAGGACGGCACCGCUAAGGCAAAAGCUGCUCAAAAAGUUGUGAAAGAUUUAAGGAGUGCGCAGCAAUCAGCCCAGAGGGAAGCAGAUACUGCCUUAAAAAAGGCAGAAGAAGCAGCGAAAGCUGCACUUCUUUUAAAGGAGAAAAUUGAAAAGCUAAGAUCAAACGGCAACGCCAAAGUAGCAUCUGCACCAAAGACUGAGAAAGAUCGUCAAGAGGCAAAUUUGCAUUCCUCAGUAAUAAACCAGGAAAGAGUAAAUGAAGAAGCGAAGUACAAAUACGACAACAAAGCAGCAACAAGCGAGAGAACACAAAAAGAAUUAAUAACAAAUCUUGCGAGAAAAGACGCAGAAAGCAGAGUGGAAUCACCGUUGGAAAACAAUUUAACAGAGGGAACCAAAACUCAACAGUUUGUAGACAAAAUGCACGACAUCAGCGUCAAUAAACAAACUAAAUCAUUGACAAAGAUUGCAGAUGAAGAAACACAAAGAGAUGAAAACAACGGAGAAACAAAAACCAGUGAGAGUCUUAGAGGUCACGCACAAAAAAAAGGAACUAUGAGUGAAGAGGGUACGGAUAACGAAACUGCGAGUGCUAAUCAUAAGAACGGACAACAUCUUAUUACCGAAAAGCAAACAAGCAGGAAUUCUCAGAGUGAGACGACAACCUUGACUACCUCAACUGCUGCUGACAUAAUUAAGUCUUCGAAUAAAGAAUCAUAUGGUUCUCUUUCUCCAAGUUCCAUCGCUUUGAAUGUUAAUAAGCUCAAAGACAACAGCAGCAGUCCUGCACUGGUGCACGGUUCCUUACUGCUGCUUCUGCUGUGGGUGCUGGGCUGCACUCUCGUGUGCUGA